AUGAAAUUAUAUAUAGCACUUUGGAGUAAAAGAAAGCCAGUCAAGAAAUUAAGUGCACACAGCACAAGAAAGAAAAUUACAAGAGGCAAUACAUUUCCUAUAAUGUUGUAUGUGUUAAUUCAGAUACUUAUACUGUGCCAAGUGUGGGGAAAAAUGUCCCUAAUUGAGCUAAUAAGCACUCAUAGAAAUACAUUUACUUUUAUUGAUGAAGAAAACAGAAAAGCACUAGUAAUAAAACCAGAUAGACGAAUGGGCCCAUUUCGUAGUGAACUAGAAGAUACUAUUGGGCUUAUGUACAACAAGAGAUUCCUGUCGCCCGAGAUUAAGAUAGAAUACUCUGUAAAAGUUGAGCAGACUGACUAUAAAAACCCUAUAUACACAUACACACGGGACUACAGCCUAGACAGAGUGCGCGACGAUAAUGACCUUCAAUAUGAAGGAGACUUACUUAAGUAUAAAAAAGAGUACUUUAGUACACUUCUUGAGAUGUUUCCCUCUAUGCACGGGUAUGUGUCUAUAUGGUCAGACAAGACGGACUCUUUUUAUACAUUUAUUAAUAGCAAGGAUGUAAAAGAACAUAAGCACGAAAUACUUGCCUCUCUUUUUUUGCUUUCACGUGGAGUGAAUGUGAGGCUGGAAAUUUAUAAGAGUGAAAAUCAAACAGAGCUGGUUCUGAGGACUGCAGAUAAAAGAAAUGAGCACUUUAGAGUGAGCAUGAAUGCAUUGGUUAAAAGCAGCAACAAAAAUGCGAAGUCUAUAGAUUUGUUUGAAGAGGUGCUUCAAGAAAAAGCAGUUGCUGUUAUAAACUUCUUUAUAGAGAAUAGAAAGAAAAGAGCUUUUAAAGAAGAGAAAAACUAUUCAGAGGAAGAAAUGCAUAGAUUGUAUAUAAAAAGAAAGUAUGUAAACAGCCCGAGCUUCCUUAUACACACGUAUAUAUACUACUGUCUAGAAAAUAUAAAAGAGACUACCUCCUUUAUUAAGGCUGUCUAUGACCUGCUGUAUGAGUAUCUACUGUAUGGGCAUAUGUUGCAAGAAGAAAGGAAAGUCAAGCAGAUUAAAAACUAUAUAUGCAAUAAAUUCGCACUAUUUAGUGAAAAUAUAGUAGAAAAUACUCUGAAUGGGCAGCAUGGCCAAGAAAAUGAAAUAAGACAUAUAUUUGAAAGGCACUUUUUACAAAAAGAUGAGUGGUGGCCUGGGGUGAAAUACAUAGAAUUCAACUAUCAAGAAGAAGUCCCCCCAUACUAUAUUCCUAUAGAUUCUUUUGUUGAUCUUAUGUAUUUAAGCCCACUUGCAGGUAUAGUUCCUUUUAGAAAAAACAUCCCCUCACUGAGAGUUCUUUCUUCACUCUCGGCAAACAUAUAUGUUCCAGAUGACAUGAGUGUUUGUGCGGGUGAUAAUACAAUCCCUUUGUUUAAUUUCUUUAUUGACUACGGAGAGACAGCGCUGCUUGGCCUGCUCCGCUGGGCUUUUUAUAACCGGGAUAAGAAUAUAUGCACGGCUGACCACAUAGAGUCUGCCUCAGAGGAGCUGAAAAGCUUUUUCAGAAAGCACAGGCACAUGCAUGGAGUAGUGUCAAAAAAAUUGCACGAUGAGUGGAACCAAGUAGUGGGAGGUCUAUCCAAUCAGAAGAUACAGUAUAUGCGAUCAGACAGAAACCAUCUUACACCUGGCUUUAUAAACAUGCUAUAUGUUAUUAAAGAGAUAACCGGGGUGGGUGAGACAGAGAAAAUAGAUAAGUUUAGAAAGUGUUUGGAUUUAAUGGAUGAUGAAAAGAAGAUUCGCGAAGUCAGAAUGCUUUAUUCGAAAUAUCUAAAUAAUACCAAGAAUACUAUGGAAGAAAAAAAUGUUCUGGAAAGAAAUAUCAGAGAGAUAAUUUAUGAAAAAGAACUAAAUAAAAAGAAGCGGUAUGAAAAUGCACUAAAGCAUGGGAAAAAAACAAUUGAUGAAGAUAAUAUAGAGCUAGAGAUAGACAGAUUAGUGGAUUCUAUGAAGAAAAAAGAGAAAAAGAGUCUUAGUGAGUUGAUAAAAAGCUAUAAUGAGGAGAACAAAGUUCUAAAAGAUGAACUAGGCAAUGAUAUAAAAAACUAUCUAAUAGAAGUGAUUAAGAAAAUUGCACUAUAUAAAGAUUUUAGUCUUGAAAUUCGGGUUAUAUGUAAACAAACUAUUAUACAUAAAUGCUGCGACGUAUUUGGUAAGCUAGAAGUGUUUUAUAACAUAAACACAGAAAAUGACUAUUUUAUAAGAAAGUAUUUUUCUAACUUCAAUAGCCUCCCACGCGCACUUGCACGUGAACUCAAAAAAGAGCAGCCGCCCUACCCCCAUCUCAAUGGCUAUAAAUUUAUUAUCUAUCCUAAGUAUCAUGAUAAUACAACAGUAGAGAUAAAAUGGAAAACUAUAUUUAAACUAUAUAGGAAAUACAAUAUAUUCGAAGAUCUAUGGCCCUUAAGAACUAACAUAGAAUUAUGUGUUAUAGAGAUACUUAGCUUCUAUCUAUAUAAAACUUUAGCCAUGUCGGAACUUGAAAUAUACAAUAAGACACUUUUUAAACCGGAUUAUACGCGCUAUGAUGUACUGGGCUAUGGAAAGUGUUCGGGUUAUAUUGACACUCUCCUGGUUAGACCCGAAUUUCAUGGCAUUGAAUAUAGAAGAAACUAUGCUUUGAGACUACUCCUACAUGCAAAGAAACAAAAGUAUAGAAAAGAAUCACCUUUCGUCUAUCUAGUAGACAACAUCGUAGGAAGCAUAAUCUUCAUGGAUGGGGAUUUUAAAGAUGCAAUGUUUCUAUUUCUUAGUUUAGAAUUUGCAGAGCAGUACUAUCCGCAUAUAACUAUAGACAAACAUGCAUAUAAAGAUCCAGCUUGUUUUACAUACCUAUUGACCGAAUUGUUAAAAUUCAUAGAUAUUCGUGCAUCACUAUAUGAAAUACUAGAGUUUGACAAUAUAAUCACUUCUAUAUUGGUUAUGCUCAGAAGAAAUUGUUUGAAAGAUAGUUACUAUACGAAAUUUAAAGAAUUUAUUACUAAAAAAUUGGAUCAAGAUGGCAAGCAUUUACUUAUCAGGAUUCUAACACAGGAUGGAGAUACUAUAAAGAAUAUUACUAAAAUUGUUCAAGCCAUGCAGGAAACAGAAAAAGCACAUCCAGUUAAUUGGUAUGAGAAGCAUAGUAACGAGUUCUUGCAUUGGAUUAUUUGGGGUGCAAAUGAGUUUAGAUUUGCUAGCUGGGCCUUCAUAGUAAAAAAAUGCUAUGAGUUGAUUGAUGCACCAGAACCGAAAGAAAUUGAUUUUUCAGGUCAUUCUUCUAACUGGGGGGUUGAUAUAGAUCUAAAGCAACUAACUGCUAAGAUAAGAUCUAUAGUUAGUUCCCAGAAUACCGCAUUAGAGAGUUUGAAAGUUAAAAUAACUCAAACAUUACAUAGUCUUAGUAAAUAA